GACAGAACAAACAAAAAAGGUGAAGAAAGUAAAAUUAAAGACGACAAGGUUAUCAAGUAGUAAUCUCAUGAUUCCUUGCUCUAAGCUUCACCACUACCUCUGAUCUGAUUUAUACCAAAUCCAACUUUUCUUCUUUCAAAAAGUAAAAAAAUCAAUCAUUUAUAAUUUAUUAUGGAGAAGUGAGAGCAAGUGUUAGCUUUUGAUCUUUCUUAUAUUCUUCUCUGAAAUAGUAACACACUGUGAAGAGUUUUUCCUACAUCUGAAUUUUGUCUGAUCCAGGAAAAAGAAGAAAAUGGCGUUUGUGACAACUGCGGAAGUUUGUGACGCGAAUCAAGAGCUGAUUCGGAGUGGUCAGCUACGAGCUUUGCAACCCAUUUUCCAGAUUUAUGGCCGUCGACAAAUAUUCUCAGGACCAGUUGUCACUGUCAAAGUUUUUGAAGACAAUGGCUUAAUCCGUCAAUUCAUCGAGGAGAAAGGAAACGGUAGAGUUCUUGUGGUGGAUGGUGGAGGGAGUCAACGAUGUGCAAUACUCGGAGGUAACCCCGUUGUUCAAGCUCAGAACAACGGAUGGGCAGGAAUCGUUGUGAACGGAUGCAUCAGAGACGUCGAUGAGAUCAACGGUUGUGAUAUCGGAGUGAGAGCUUUGGCCUCUCAUCCGAUAAAAGCGAGUAAGAAAGGACUUGGAGAACAACGAGUUCCGGUAAAUAUCGCAGGGACUCGGAUUUGUGAUGGUGAAUGGCUUUAUGCAGAUACUGAUGGGAUUCUUGUCUCCCAAAUUGAGUUAUCCGUUUAAUAAAAAAGGCUUUGAUCAGUUACCAAAAAAAAAAAAACAGAACGUGGUUUGUGUUCAUCUUCUUGUUACUUAAGAGAUUGUUGAAUUAUAAUGGAAAAUAAAUUUUUGUUUUGAAUC